UCCAGGAGUGGGCGCCGCCUCCCCCCAAUGACAGAUCAGUCCAGAUCGAGGUGGGGGCGGCCACGACUUGCCGCUGACGGGCGCGCCCGACAUCGUCCCCGCUCGAUCUCGUGCCUUCCCCGUGCCCCCACCCAGCAAGCUUCUCCACUGACCGGAUCCGCCGUUAGCGCGGCCACCCUCUGCCGUGACUCCUCGUACAGUCCCAGGCGAGCCCCCCCUCCGCCCCCACAUCCGGCUGCGGCGCCAAUGGGGUACGUGGUGUCGGCGGUGGCGAGGGUGCUGGAGCAGCCGAUGGCGUGGGGCGCGGCCUGCGAGAUGGCGCUGCUCACGGGGCCGCUUUGGGCGGCGGCCCUCAUCGGCCUCCUGCUCGGCUGGGCCACCGGCAUCGUCGCCCCCGCCGACCCGCCGCAGUUCGCAUCACUCGACUUCUGGAGGGCCCAGCUCCCCGCCCGCAUCUGCGCCCCACUCGACUACCUCACCGGCGCGCGGCAGCAGCAGCAGCGGCGACAGGAGCAGGAGGACGACGAGGCUUCCCUGCAAGGUGGGGAUUUGGCGAAAGCGGAGUGGUCGAACCUGCUGCUGCUAUUUCGCCUUGGCAGGUCGUCGGAGAUAGCGAACGAGGAGCUGGUGCUGGGGAAGGCUGACCUGGUGAACCUCUGGAGGCUGGUGGAGGGCAACGACAGCGGCCCAGCGUCGAUCAGGAUGAUGGAGAAGGCGCUGCCCAACAUGACCUACCAGGCGUGUAGGAGGUAUCCCCAGUGUAGCGUGUGUGAUCAUGGAGAGUAUUGAGACUCCAGAGUAUUGGGGUGAAUGCACUUCGCUUGGAUUGUUUGGGAGAAAAAUGUGAAUUGAAACUGUAGUUCAUUUUAAUAAUUCUGGAGUUCAUUUUGUAAAAAGAAUACAAAACUGGAGUUUGCUGAAUAACAGUGCAUUAUUCGUGGAUGUAGUUUGGUAUAAAACCUUUUGUAGUACUUUGCGGAAAUAGGAAAAAGAAAGAACACAUAGAAGUUCACUAGCAUCAACCAUGGAGUUGAGAGGCACCUCGUGCGGUUCAGAAACAUGGGCUUGCAGUGCACUAGCUCAUCGUGUGACGAAGAAAAACAGGUCUCUUAUGCUGAAUUUGGUGUUUCUCGUGUGUACUGUUUGUGUAAAAAUAAUGAUGUUUCAUUACUCCCUGUAUGAAGUGCAAUUUGUUUCGUGUGUAUCAAAAUUUAGUCGACUACAUUUUCAGUUGA